GAGACAUCAAUAUAGCUUCGGACGAGUCUAGAGCCUCUCUACACUCUAUAUAGUAGGUUUAGUAUUCAAUCGACGGUCGUCGCGUGAAGUAUCGUCAACGUGCUUUUACAACAAAGCUGCCAUGAUGCGAGCUUUCACAUUUCCUAACCUCACAAUUGUUUUUGUUGUAAUUGUAACUUAAACGGGGUGGUUUUAAAGCCGUUUCUCGUGAUUUAAUUGUGUAUUACUGCUCCUGUAUAUCAUAGGGUAAGAAAAUUCUGUUGAAAAAGCAGUACGAAGAAGCUGAUGGCUACUAGAUAAUGUUUUCAAACUACUACUUUAGAAGCAAUAAAUGGAUUCCGAUUACCAUUGGCUCAUUACUAUUGGGCUUGUCACGUUCUCAGUGAUUGCAGUUACAGCUAAUUUUGUUUUAUUGUUCGUAUUUUGUCGAAGGAGAGGACUUCGAACUGUUCCUAAUAGAUUCAUCAUUAAUCUUUUGGUGACUAAUCUUUUGUCGAGUAUCCUCCUGAUACCUCUUCUCCUAGUGAAUCAAGAAUCUUAUUCAUCUCUAUCGACACUACCGACGACGACAGUUUAUUCGGAAGGAUUCAGAAACGAUCCAACAUCAAACACCUUCGAAGUGAUAGUUUCUGGAAAUGUUUUACCGAUCGAUCAAAACGGUACGAACGUGUUGUGCUAUUUUGCUCAAAGUACCACGAGUUUUAUUUGCACGGCAUCCAUUUUGAGCAUCCUACUGAUCGGAAUCAAUCAAUAUUUCGGCGUUAUACACUCGCUGAGAUAUCAUUUUUACAUCAACAGAUGUCGAUCCAGUGUUUUUAUCGGCAUAAGUUGGUCGAUAGCUCUAAUUUGUGCUAUUCUGAGUUCUUUAACUUAUAGUGAUAGUAGUAUGUGGCAUUUUUGUAAAAAUAGACCACCGCCAAGUGACAGUGUACGAAUUUUAAACACUCUAUAUGCUUUUAGUUAUUUUUUUCUUGUGAUAUUAGCACCUUUCGUAGCCAUAUGUAUAAUUUAUGUUUGUAUUUAUACUGCCGCGCAUCAGAAUAGUGAAAGGAUGAGACGAUCGGCUUCGGCUCCUUUGAAUCCUCAAAUCGAUUGUACCAUACACGUUCCCUUAAAAGAAUCUAGUCAUCACAAAGAUUCGUUGCCGAAGGUACAUUCGGCACCGAAUUUUUCAACAUUAGACCACGGGAAAAGUUUCGUUAUGGAAGAAGAAAUUAAUAAAAAAGUCAAUAGAAGCUCGAGCGAUCGAAGUACCAAUAGUUUUAUAAGUAAUUUGAAACAUAAAAUAUCGAACGCGUCCGUUUUUAGAUAUAGGGAAGAAACUAGAGCCGCCAAAAUUAGUAUUUUAGUUAUAUUUCUCGUAUUAGUGUGCUACGUUCCGUAUGGUAUCAGUUUAGUUUUGUGUUCUAAAUGUAUCGAAGUAAAUACGAGUCAGAUAUUUAAUUAUCUCUCGUUGAUAUUAUUAGUUCUCUCGAAUAUAAUUUCUCCUUUUUUAUUCGGUUAUAGAAACAAAAGAGUAAAAAGGGAAAUUUGUAAAAUGUUCAAUGUCUCGAAUCAAAAUCAUAAUUUGGAAGUCGUCGAAAGACCCAGAAGACAAUCGACGGUUAAAAAUUACAGUUUCGAUUAUAUUCCGGAAACUAUGGAAAAUGAUAAAACCGAAAUUGUAGUCGAAAAUAAUCACGUGAUACCCGAAGUUAUUGUUACUUGUAAAAACGAAAAUGACAGAAAAAGUAUAUUGAAACGGGUGUGUAAUACUUCCAAUUGGUCCAGUUAUAAAAAAUGCAAUUUUAUAACCGUACCCGAUAGUUGCAUAAGCGCCGAUGCGAGAGGAUCUUUUUCCAGUGCCAGCACCCAAAUGUCAGUAGAAGAAUAAUUCCAAUUACACACCGAGAGAGUAGAUAACUUACCAUUGGACAUCUAUUUGCAUAACAUUUAUCAAGAAUAAAUAGAUAUAUAACUGUUAUUAACCGAGGCUAAUAAUAUAAAUUUAUUUAUAGAAUUGUACAUUGCAAAGUAACGGUUACCGCUUUAAUGAUAUCAUACAGGGUGAUCAGACUAAACAACAACAAAAUCACUAAAUUUCAUGGUUAUGUAUAAAUUAUUUCCGAACGUGUUUAAAAUUUAUUUCGUUUCGUCUAUUUUUAAUAAAUGUUACGUCUCUGGGAAUUACGCUGAAAGUUGACAUAGUUUUUUAACUAUAAUUUUUUUAUCGAAAAAACAAAUUUGUCAGUGUCGACGAUAUAAAUAAUAUAUAAUAUUUAGGUCUUCGUUCCUAUUAUUUUUUUUUAAAUAUUUUCCUUGUUAUCGUCACAAAAUUUUUUUUGGAAUAGAAUGUUUACCAAAAAUAAAAUCCUAAGCUUCAGCCUAUUUUUGAAAAUUUGAAAUCAAGUUUCGCUUGGUCCCGUAAUUUUUAAUGAAAUAGACAUUCCCUAUCCGCUAAAUAAUGAUGGUAAUUUAUUAUUCUAAAUUUGAACCUCAUCAAUUUAAUCAUUUUUUAAAGAAAUUGAACAGUGGGAUGAACGCGGUCAAUUAAGCAAAUCUAUAUUUUUUCUCAUAAUCGUUUCAUUGCAUUAUUAGCAUACAAUUUGAAUUUUUUUAAUUAAGUACACUACUACAUAUUUUUGAACGUCUAUUUAGCAUUCAAAUACCUCAUCCAACUUGGCCUCGUGUUUGACGGGUUUCUAUAAUGACAAUAUAUUCCUUUGGUGGAGAAUAGGCCUUCGUAAACCACUUGCUUCCUUUUGUAUGUGUGCGUUGUUGACUUAUAUGCUUUAUUUCCACUUAAUUCCCUAGUAUUCUCCAAGGAACUCGACUUCCAAAUGGAAGAAGUAACAACUACUGAGCGUUUAUUUAUGUUUUUAAUUGCCUUCUGCAAUGCGCUGUUACUUCUGAAAUUGUCACCAACUCCGCUGAUUGAAAGAGAUUCUCAACUACACGUUUUUCUUAUAUGAUGCUUUUUCGAAAAUUUUCCGCGGUCUGCCUACAUUAGUCGAAACGAUAUGGAGGAUCGCAAAUCUCGAAUUUGAUCUCUUCAUCCAAUCAAAUUUUUGUUAGUUGUUGAAGCAAGCCAUCACAGAUUUUGGAGGCAUAGCAAGCUAAUAUCAAAUCCUUUCAGAUUUUCUGGUGAAGUUUUCAAAAUUAAAUUUGAACGAAAUGAGCUUAAAGAAAAAAGAGUUCUUAUCUCCCUUUUGCUGCUUCAAAAAAGUCCCUCCUCGAGUGUUCUGGUUAUAAAAAGUUUGAUCAUAAAUGGAAAAAUAUAUAUUGAAAAGAUGUAAGCAAAUAUUGUAUAGCCAUGUCUUGUUUACAUCAUUCCAAUAUCAAAUUUUAGUAUUCUGAACAUGACUUUUUUCCACCUAGAUCAAACAGUGGAUUCGAGUGAAUAAACGAGUUGUCAGCUUUUUUUUAGCAAGUUUAUUGUUGAAUGUUGCUUGGUUUGUUGUACUCUCCGGUUUCAUUAAUUGAUUACUUUUCCUAUAUCCAAACGGCAGACAAUUUUCUCAAAACUUGAUAUAACGUGAGAUAUGAGGUACCAUAACGAAACUUCUGUCAAACAGUAAUAAUAAUUUGAUUGUUCCAUUCUUCACAAAAUAUCUUAUAUUGAACGUAUUUUAAUGUGGAAAUUAAAAGAGUUAGGUUCUACUGUUCGUACCUAUCAUUUUGUUUAGUAACAGUAUUUUUUUGAAAAAAAAAAAACUGUUAAGAAUAAGUUCGUAUUUUUUUAUAGACUGAUGAAUUUUUUUUAUGAAUAAGUUAUAUAGAGAGUAUUUUAUAUUAAAAGUUUUUUGUAAAAUCAUAUUGAUUAUUCAAUUUUGUUACCUACAUUUUUUUAGAGUAUAUACCUAUAUUUGUAUAUAAAUUAUUUAUUAAAUGUAAUCGUGUAAGAUGCUUUCAUGUCAAAAUAAAUAUUUUAAAAAUAUA